AUGGGGAAUCAUCUGGUUUCAGACUCUGCUUCUACGAUCAAUGCUGGAGAUGACAUGUCAACCGUCGACGGAGAUGAAAGUAUCUUAAAUAUGGCAACUGGGCCUCGAAGGCGACGACAUGAUGAUGAUGAAGAGGAGAUAUCAGAUAGUUUUGAGGAUGAUGAUUUGGAAAGCAUGGCUAGCGUCCCUGUGGAUAGAGCCAGCAAGGCCACCACUUCCAAACCCGAGGAAGACAAGGAACUACCAAUUCAUUCUUGCGCAUAUUGUGGAAUUCACAAUCCCGGCACUGUAGUGAAGUGCUUAACUUGCACUAAAUGGUUUUGCAGCGCGCGUGGCAACACGUCUUCCUCCCAUAUCGUCAAUCACCUAGUUAGAGCAAGGCAUAAAGAAGUUCAACUACACCCCGAAUCAUCACUUGGUGACACGAUUCUCGAAUGCUACAACUGCGGGACCAAAAAUGUUUUCCUUCUGGGCUUUAUUCCUGCUAAAUCAGACACUGUUGUGGUACUGCUUUGUCGACAACCUUGUGCUGCGAUGCCAUCUUCGAAAGACAUGAAUUGGGAUACUUCGCGCUGGCAACCUCUUAUUGAAGACCGCUCCUUUUUGCCUUGGCUCGUGAGUUCUCCCUCUGACCAAGAGCAGCUUCGCGCUCGACAUCUAAGUCCUCAAAUGAUUGCGAAGCUAGAGGAGAUGUGGAAAGACAAUGCCGCAGCUACCGUUGAAGAUCUGGAAAAAGCAACUGGCGUUGAUGACGAACCUGCGCCAGUUCUCCUUCGGUAUGACGACGCAUACCAAUAUCAGAAUGUUUUUGGUCCUCUCGUCAAGAUCGAAGCCGACUAUGAUCGCAAAUUGAAAGAGGCCCAAUCUCAAGAUGGUCUGGUUGUACGCUGGGACCUGGGACUGAACAACAAGCAUCUUGCGAGCUUUGUUCUCCCAAAGCUAGAACUUGGCGAUGUGAAGCUAGCAGUUGGCGAUGAAAUGCGGCUUAAAUAUACCGGAGAGCUGCGGCCUAAGUGGGACGGCGUGGGAUACGUCAUCAAAAUCCCGAACAACCAGUCUGACGAGGUUACUAUUGAAUUGCGAACCAAGGGCGACCAUAAAUCUGUCCCCACCGACUGCACACAUAAUUUCACAGCUGACUAUGUUUGGAAAGCGACGUCCUUUGACCGUAUGCAGCUAGCCAUGAAAACAUUUGCUGUUGAUGAGAUGAGUGUUUCGGGCUACAUUUUCCAUCGGCUUUUAGGGAAUGAAGUUGCCGCUGGGCCUAUGAGAACUCAAAUGCCUAAAAAGUUCAGCGUACCAGGCCUCCCAGACCUCAACAGCAGUCAAACCAAUGCCGUUAAAAGCGUUCUUCAGAAACCUCUGAGCUUGAUUCAAGGACCUCCUGGUACUGGAAAAACUGUCACUUCUGCUAACAUAAUUUACAACUUAGCGAAAAUAAACGGCGGCCAAGUAUUGGUCUGCGCACCAUCUAAUGUUGCGGUUGACCAACUUUGUGAACGCAUCCACAGAACUGGCUUGAAGACCGUUCGUGUCACUGCCAAGUCUCGAGAAGAUGUGGAGUCUCCUGUGGGCUUUCUUUCUCUCCACGAACAGGUCCAUAACAACGACAGCAAUAUCGAACUUGUCAAACUCAACCAACUGAAGGCUGAGCUGGGUGAGCUUUCCAGCCAAGAUGAGAAGAAGUUCAAACAACUAGUUCGUGCUGCGGAAAAGGAGAUUUUGAGCAAUGCGGAUGUUAUUUGCUGUACUUGCGUUGGAGCUGGCGAUCCUCGCCUCGCAAAGUUCAAAUUCCGAACCGUUCUUAUCGAUGAGUCUACGCAGUCAGCGGAGCCCGAGUGCAUGAUUCCACUCGUCCUGGGAUGUAAACAAGUUGUCCUUGUUGGCGACCAUCAACAGCUUGGGCCUGUUAUCAUGAACAAGAAGGCGGCCAAGGCUGGACUUAACCAAUCCCUGUUUGAGCGCUUGGUCAUCCUAGGAUGUGCACCUAUUCGGCUUAACGUACAGUAUCGCAUGCAUCCAUGUCUCUCCGAGUUCCCGUCAAACAUGUUCUACGAUGGUUCCCUGCAGAACGGAGUUACCGAAUCAGAACGUCUUCUAAAAGAUGUUGAUUUUCCUUGGCCUGUGGCGCACAAUCCAAUGAUGUUCUGGUCAAAUUUGGGAAAUGAAGAAAUUUCGGCAUCAGGGACGUCAUACCUCAACCGCACAGAAGCUGCCAACGUGGAAAAAAUUGUCACCAGAUUUUUCAAGGCUGGCGUAAAGCCUUCCAGUAUCGGGAUCAUCACACCUUAUGAAGGACAGCGUAGCUAUGUUGUCAGCUCGAUGCAAGCGACUGGCACGUUCAAAAAGGAGCUUUACAAAGAAAUUGAAGUUGCGUCAGUUGAUGCGUUCCAGGGCCGAGAGAAAGACUACAUCGUGCUCUCCUGUGUCAGAUCUAACGACCAUCAAGGAAUUGGAUUUUUGAGUGACCCACGUCGGCUUAAUGUCGCUCUUACGCGUGCCAAAUAUGGCCUGGUCAUCCUAGGAAACCCGAAAGUUCUGUCGAAGCAUCCUCUGUGGAACUAUCUUCUACUUCAUUUCAAAGAAAAGAACUGCCUAGUAGAAGGUCCAUUGUCAAACUUGCAGGUGUCUCUUGUCCAGUUCAGCCGCCCGAAACAGGCCUAUCGAGGACCACAGCGUUUCCAGGUAGCCUAUAACCACGCAUCCAAUAUGGCCAGUGGCAUGGUCAAUGGCAGGAAUGGCCAUCGCGGUGACUACCACGACACAGGAUCUGUGGCCAGUUACAUCCCAGAUGAUGUCUCCUCAGUUAAUUCGUCUGCUGUUGGAGGCGUUCCUAUUCCAUCUGGAUAUCCUCAUGUAUUCCGGAGCUUUACUGACUCCUGGCCACACCUUCCACGCCACCGUCGCGCUAACGGAUCUAGAGGCAAAGGUGCGUCUAGCGUUACUGGCGAGUCGGUCGCAGCUUCUGAGUCCGACGUCACGGGCAGUAUCGUUGGACAAGGAGGCGUAAGCCUCUCUGGUUUAAGCAUUCAUGAUAUGAAUAAGCAGGCAAGCAUGAGCCAGUCUGAUCGUUUGAAACGCUAUGUCGAAUCCGGCAGUCGUGGAGAGCCAUACAAACCUGGACCUAGUGAUAACGGCAGCAUAUUUGGAGGAAGUUCGGCAAGCAUUCGUGUUCCUCGUGGCUGCCGUGGUAAUCCAGCUGAUGACGACGAUGCUCGCAGUGUCUCGACAGCCUUUGCAAGUCAAAUCGGUGGAAACUACGACUGA